CACUAUAAGUCUCACCUCUUCCCCCAUCAUAAACGAUAUUCCCGCUCUCCUCAGCUGAGAAAAAUGAAGAUCUUCAACUGGGUGAACAAGACUCAUAAUCUCCUCAAAGAUGGACUGGCUCGAAAUGUAAAGAAGACUGAUUCCAUUACAAUCGACACAAAUUCAAAAGCCUUACUCGAUCAUGUAGCUCUGUUUGAACUGCUGGAUGGUUGGCGAUAUGGCGUUCUAACAAUCAAAACCUUCGGUUUUUACACUUUGAAAUCCUUUGGCCGGAAAAAAGCCCACUUAGCCUCAGAAAAUGACGACGACGAAGAAGUAAAAGACGAAGAUGAAGAUAGCAACAGUGAGGAAGAAGUGAACCCACUGCUGUUGGGCCAUAGUUUUGAGGACCAUUCUGCGAAGCGGAGAAAAAGAACUACCCUAGCAGAUCUCUUCUAUCAAGAGUCCGACAUGAAAAAUAACCCCACCUCUCUUGGCGUAGAGUUAAAUACUUGCAAAAAGGAGCCUUCUUUUGCCAACAAAUUCGCUCCUCGUGUUGGAAAGGAUUCAAGUCCUAUCAAAAUGCUAAACAAACAGAGGAUGUUGAAAAAGAAGAUCCAUCCAGAGCAUGAACGCAUGCAUAAUAAAAGGGAGGGGCCAAUGCAAGCCCUUUUCUAAUCUACAUAUGUGUUCCUGCUUCCAAGAAACUUGAAGCCGAAGCCAGUGUAUAAGUUUAUCAUCAUUCAUGUAUAUUUCAUUAUGCUAUAUUUGGUGGCACUGUUAUUUAUUUGGGUCAACUAUGUAUUAGUCACUUAAUAUUUACACGGUUUCAUUUUGAUCACA